AUGGCUGCGGAAGCCAGCAAGCCCCUGGUUGAGUGCCUGGACGUGGACAACUAUGCCACCUGGCGGAUCCUGAUGAAGUAUGUCCUCAUCUCCAAGGGCCUGUGGGCCGCUGUGGAGAGCGACACGGUCGAGCAUGAAGAUGACCAGAAGGCACUGGCCACCAUCGGCCUGUACCUACGCAUGCAGCUGAGCCAGCUGAAGAUGGGCGCCACCGAGCCCCUGACCAAGUAUGUGUCCCGUGCCAAGGAGAUCCAGGCCCAGCUGCGCGCUGCCGGCCAGGAUGUGGCGGACACCGAGAUCGCCUGGUCCGUGAUGUCCGGCCUGCCGUCUGCCUACGCAACGAUGGCCACCGUGAUCACUGCCACCACCGACGGGGACCUGAUGUUGGACGGCGGGCCACCUGGCUGCACCAGCGCCCGCCAGCUGUCCAGCCUGCUCACCUACAGCACCCACCGCGUUAUGGGCCCCAACCCCCGCUGCACCAACUGA